UGAAUGGCCACAUUGCACGAGAAUUGACCCAGGGCUUCAAUGAAUUCUUUUUUGUUGUCUGAUCUAAUCAGAAGUAUUGUUUGUCAGAAUUCCCUACAAAAACCACGACUUUAUCCCCAAAUAGUUUAUCACAAUUCGUAAUCUCUCUCAAGGUCGUCUCGGCAUUCUCCACAGUUAUCCGACUUGCCAUCAUCUAGCCUCAUCUCAUACAAUCAAUUUGCAAUAACAUAUUAUGAGGAUGAUUACCAUUACACAAAUGUGUGAUAGGUGUUAGGGACAACGGCGAAUACAAAGGGGGCAAUGGGGGCCGCCGCCUCACCCCAAUUUCUUUUCAAACACGUCUGGAUCCUUAUCUCUCUAAGUGCUGCCUGCUAUUGUGAUCUAGUUGUAGAAAAUACUUUAUUGUAGACUGGAGCUGGAAAAGAAAAGGAUAAUAUAUGGAGGUAGACGCAGGAAGAGGUAUGGGAUGCCAGAAGAUUAUGGAUGGGAAGGAGGAGAGUAACUGCAUUGGUUUAGACAUGGCUAUUCUCCCUUCUUGUUGCUUGAAAGCUAGGGCCUGUGAUGCAGAGCCUGAAGCCAAAGCCCAUUCAACCGUUUGUUCUGGAUGGUUCUCUGAACGUCACUCACCCACUGGUGAAGAUGGAAAGGUAUUGUAUUAUAACAAUCCGAUGUGGCCAGGGGAAGUACAUUCUAUCAAAGUUGAGAAGAUUUUAUUCAAGGAAAGAUCAGAAUACCAGGAGGUUCUUGUGUUUGAGUCUUCUUUAUACGGGAAAGUCCUUGUGCUGGAUGGCAUUGUUCAGCUGACUGACAAAGAUGAAUGUGCAUAUCAAGAAAUGAUAGCUCAUCUCCCCCUCUGUUCAAUUAAAUCCCCCAAAAAUGUUCUUGUUGUUGGCGGUGGUGAUGGGGGAGUACUUAGAGAAAUUUCUCGUCAUUGCUCUGUGGAGCAUAUUGACAUUUGUGAGAUAGAUAAAAUGGUUAUAGAUGUUAGCAAAAAAUUCUUUCCAGAGUUAGCUAUUGGCUUUGAGGACCCCAGAGUCAAACUUCAUGUUGGUGAUGCUGUGGAAUUUUUAAGGCAAACCCCUGAAGGCAAGUAUGAUGCAAUUAUAGUUGAUUCAUCAGACCCUGUUGGUCCUGCCCAAGAACUGGUAGAAAAACCAUUCUUUGAGACAUUAGCCCGAGCAUUAAGACCAGGCGGUGUGCUUUGCAAUAUGGCUGAGAGUAUGUGGCUUCACACACAUUUGAUUCAGGAUAUGCUUUCUAUUUGCCUUCAAACAUUCAAGGGUUCUGUUCACUAUGCAUGGACUAGUGUCCCUACAUAUCCAAGUGGUGUUAUUGGGUUUGUGUUAUGCUCAACCGAAGGGCCGCCUGUUGACUUUUUGAAUCCGAUCAAUCCCAUUGAAAAGCUUGAGGGAGCGCUCCAAUAUCGUCGGGAACUAAGGUUUUACAACUCUGAGGUUCACAAAGCUGCAUUUGCAUUGCCGUCUUUCAUAAAGCGGGAGGUGAGCUGUCUGCGAGAUGUCCGACCUACAAAUGGUGUAAACUCAGUAGUUUGAUUUUUGCCGACUAUUUAUUUCCAUGAAUAUUUGGAACUUAUUUGUGAAGACUUGCGAACUAUCACACUUGAAAAAUAAGCAUUUCUAGCAUACAUGAUAUGCUGCAAUUACGCUCCACAUUAAGGAUUUUAUUUAUUUGGAUUAUGUUGGAAGAAAACUAUCGAUAACUUUGUCAUGAGCAAUAGAUUGGCAACAGACCCAAGACCGGGCCGGAACUGGCCUGUUUUUUUAACCAGAA